CCAAAUUCCGAGAAGUUGACAAAUUCUGGAACGCUAUUGAAAAUGAAGAAUUUAAUAUAGAGAAAAAGGGAUUGCAAUUAGAUGAAUUGAGAAUGGCUCAUGUAAUAGCUCAAGGGGCUUCGAAAGUGGCUGCAGCAGUAAUGGAAAACGUUGAUGCAAAGCUGAUCAAAACGACCCAAGAUCCAUCUACAUUUGCUUCUUCUACUAGUUGCAAUGAUGAAACCGAAGAACAAGAUGAACAAAUUGAAAUCGAUCUUGUUAAUAUAAAGAAACAGUUGGAAAUGGAGCCAUUAAUUGAGUGGAAGGUUGGCAAUAUAAACGUCACACGGAGGUUUCGUCAAUACCAACGAAGCGUCAUUGACAAGGUGAUAAGCUAUGGAUUGAAGUGGAGUGAUUCAUAUGAGAUUUUGGAUAACGUGGAACUGAAAAAUCAAAUUUUUACCAACCAUGAAUGGGAUCAUGUGACUCGAACCAACCCAUAUGUGAUCUUGCAUCCUGUAAUACCACCAUCAGUCUCAACAGUUCUUCGAGAAGUUGCAAUGAUGCAUUUAAUGGGCAAGGAAAGUUAUAUGCAAUCUGAUGAAUCAAAACUGAGUAAAGCUGUUGCUCGCACAUUCAAUGAUUUAUGUGUUAUUCCUACCCAUUCUCCGAACAAAAUUUCUGAAGAAUUGCAUUAUGAUAAUGGCACAAAAAAACGGCCUGACUUCUCCUGUGUUGUCGAUGAUGUACCUAUGCUUAAUUCUGAGAUUAAACCUUUUGGAGUAACUCUGCUUGGAAAAAAGAAAGGCUUUUCAAAAGUGCAUUUAAAAGCAAAAAAGUCAGUAAAUCAACAACUAAAUCUAAAAGGAGGUCCUGAAGAAGCAGGAUUACUAAUAAACAUGGGCGAUGAAGUUGAAUCCUUUUUUAUGAACUUUAAUAUGGAUUAUACUGCUCGUGGCCUUUCCAUAGGACCAG